CCAACAUAACCUUUACCAUAACAUAACCUCUAUGGUUUUUUUUGCUUUGCUGUUUUUAUUUGUUUAGUGAUUGUUUAUUGAGGAAAAUUAAAAUGGCCUCAGAAAACUUAACGAAAGAACAACUUACAUUUUUGGAAGAAUGCAAUUUAGAAUUUUCGGAACGAUACACCGAUUCUGACUUGGAAUAUAAGAAAAUAUUUGAUCUAGGAAUUCCACCCCCCCCAAUCAUGUACCCGUGGUAUGGCAAAGGACGAUUUAAUAGGGAUCGAGGACGAGGAGGCCGAUAUAAUGAUUACAGAAGUAGGAACCAAUUCCAUCAUAAUGAAGACACCAGAAAUCGAGACUAUGGAGACAGACAAGGUUACAGGGAACAAGCAGGGAGCAGUUACAAUAAUCAUCAAUAUGAAGAAAGACAUAAUUAUGAAGAUAACAGAAGGAAACGUUACAGACCUUAUUAAACGUUUGACGAUAGUAUAUCAUAUUGAAAUACGUUCUUCCAAGAUGUGUAAUCAUGAAAAUUUUAAUUUUAUGGUAUUUGGAUGUCUCAUUAUGUAAUUGUUACUCGAAGAAUAAACUUUGUAGCUGGCAUCAGAGUGUUGUGGGUACACUUUGUACCUAUUGUAUUAUUUAAUAGGUACGAUACUAUAAAUAAUACAACUUUAUAGGA